AUGAAACAUUUUCUCGAAGUAUAUAAUUCCUCAACACAUUCUACAACAGGACAUACACCAAAUUCAAUGACACAACAACAAGAAGAAAAGUAUAUACAAAAGAAACGAAGCCAAACACAAAAUAUCAGAAAUUCAACACAAUUUACCCUCAUUCCUGGUACAAAAGUUCGUGUAGUCCUUGACGACAAACCGUUGACAAAGAAACGUUUAAGGUUAAGUAGAAACUAUUAUAUCGUAGACUCUACGCAAGGUAAUGGAUAUCUUAUAAAAGCUGCUGACGACUCCAUUGCAUUUUACCCUCGUCAUAAAUUAGUCGAAAGUAGUAAUGGCAAACUUGCUGAAACCAUUGACGAAGCAAAGCGAGGAGUGGUUAUUGAAAUACUUGACUAUAACAUAAACGAUGACACUUAUAAAGUAAGAUAUGAAGGAGGUGUUGAAGAUGUUAUACCAUCUAAGAACUUGAGAGAGUCAAAGCCAACACAUCUGGGACCAUUAGAGCGGGAGUACUGGAAAGACAAAAAUAUGCCAGAAAGAAUAAGAAAAUUCUUCUAA